UUGGGUCCACCACGUGUGAGCCCGCCCCCGCAUGCGGCCCCGCCCCCUCGUCCUCUCCAUCUCCCAUUGGCUCAGUUGGCCAGCCUCUCCGCCUAUAGGCUUUCCCCUGAUUUCCGGACUCUGGACCCCCUGUUUCUUAUUAACAUGCAUCAUUCCAGUGGGGCAGUUGUAUAACACAACUAACAGACCAGGAAGUUUAUCAUGUCCCCCACUUUCUACUUUGGCUCUCUACUCUCGCCCUAGGGCCUGGAAAGCCGCCCCGGGAAGGAAGGAGGGGGGAGGAAAAGUGAGAAAGAGGGAGGGGCAUCCCCUGGCUGGUGUUUGGCUGAGGCUCAGCAGAAGCUAGGCAGAGGCUGGGAGGAAAAGGGAGGAGGGAGGAAGUCAGUGGGCUAGAAGAGCCACCGGAAGCACGAGAGAAGGAGACCUCUAGGCUAUGAAGACUGGAAGGCCCAGCAGGUUGGAGCCAAAGGGGAUCAGGUGGUCAGCUUCCAGGCUGGAGACCAGAGUGAUUCUGAACUGGAGUGGGGCUUAAAGAUCUUCUACAGGCAGGGAUGGUCCCGAAGUGUGAAGAGGUGAGCCGGCAUCACCUUCCAGUUACUGCGGUCAAUACCACAGCGCGGCUCUCAGCCCUCCGCCAGCAGAUAGAGGCCUGGAAUCUCUCUGCCUACAUCAUCCCAGACACGGAUGCCCACAAGAGUGAAUACAUUGGCAAACAUGAUGAGAGGCGUGCAUGGAUUACAGGCUUCAAGGGGACUGCAGGUACUGCAGUAGUGACUAUGAGGAAAGCAGCUGUCUGGACUGACAGUCGCUACUGGACUCAGGCGGAGCGGGAGAUGGACUGCAAUUGGGAUCUCCAUAAAGAAGUUGGUAUUACUCUUAUUGUCUCCUGGCUGCUGGCUGAGAUUCCUGCUGGAGGACGUGUGGGCUUCGACCCCUUCCUCAUCUCUUUAGACUCCUGGAACAGUUAUGACAUGAACCUCCAGGGCUCCAACAUACAGCUGGUAUCCAUCACAACCAACCUUGUAGACCUGGUGUGGGGCUCAGAGAGGCCCCUGGUACCGAGCGAACCCAUCUAUGCCCUGGAAACGGCAUUCACAGGGAGCACUUGGCAGGAGAAAGUAUCCAACAUCCGAAGCCAGAUGCAGAAGCAUAGCAAGGCUCCGACCGCUGUCCUUCUGACAGCACUUGAUGAGACGGCCUGGCUCUUCAAUCUUCGCAGCAGUGACAUCCCCUAUAACCCCUUCUUCUAUUCCUACACACUGCUCAUGGACUGUUCCAUCAGGUUAUUUGUAAACAGGAGUCGCUUUAGUCCUGAGACCCUGCAGUACCUGAACUCUGGCUGCACAGAGCCCAUGUGUGUGCAACUUGAGGACUACAGCCAAGUCCGUGACAGCGUCCAGGCCUAUGUCUCAGGAGAUGUGCGGGUCUGGAUUGGGACCCAAUACACCAUGUAUGGGCUCUAUGAAGUGAUACCUGAGGAGAAACUCGUGGCAGAUACCUACUCCCCAGUGAUGAUAACCAAGGCGGUGAAGAACAGCAAGGAGCAAGCCCUCCUCAAGGCCAGCCAUGUUCGGGACGCUGUGGCCGUGAUCCGGUACUUGGUCUGGCUGGAGAAAAACGUGCCCAAAGGCACAGUGGACGAGUUCUCAGGGGCAGAGUUCAUGGACCAGUUACGAGGAAAGGAAGACUUCUUUUCCGGACCCAGUUUCCAGACCAUCUCUGCUAGUGGCCUGAAUGCUGCCCUUGCCCACUACAGCCCGACUAAAGAGCUGAACCGCAAACUGUCCUCAGAUGAGAUGUACCUGGUGGAUUCUGGGGGACAAUACUGGGACGGAACCACAGACAUCACCAGAACAGUCCACUGGGGUACACCCUCUGCCUUCCAAAAGGAGGCGUACACCCGAGUGUUGAUGGGAAACAUUGAUCUGUCCAAGCUUAUCUUUCCUGCUGCUACAUCAGGGCGUGUGCUGGAAGCUUUUGCCCGAAAAGCCUUGUGGGAUGUUGGGCUUAAUUAUGGCCAUGGAACAGGCCAUGGCAUUGGCAACUUCUUGUGUGUGCAUGAGUGGCCAGUGGGAUUCCAGACCAUCAACAUUGCCAUGGCCAAGGGCAUGUUCACUUCCAUCGAACCUGGAUACUAUCACGAUGGAGAAUUUGGGAUCCGUAUUGAAGACGUGGCCCUUGUGGUGGGAGCAAAGACCAAGUACCCAGGAUCCUACUUGACCUUUGAAGUGGUGUCCUUCGUGCCCUAUGACCGCAACCUCAUUGAUGUCAGCCUGCUGUCCCCUGAGCAGCUCCAGCACCUGAAUCAAUACUACCAGGUCAUCCGAGAGAAGGUGGGCCCAGAGCUGCAUCGACGCCAGUUGCUGGAAGAGUUCGAGUGGCUACAGCGGCACACAGAGCCCCUGUCUGCCAGGGCUCCACACACAGCCUCUUGGGCCUCUGUGCUGGUGGCCUCUACUCUUGCCAUACUCAGCUGGAGUAGCUAAAGGCUCCUGAUUCCCUGCUAACCCUUCACCUGGAUGUAAGACUCACUCAGCUCCCCUCUGCCUGAACCACGCAUGCCCCAAGAACCCCUACCCACCCGUCACUGGAAACCAUUGCCCUCAGCUUCCUCCAGACCAGGCCCCAGGCAGCACAUCUCCCCCACAGGAUCUGUAUGCCUCCCCCUGGACUCCCAACCCCAGCCCUGGGAUAGUGGAGCCAACCGGUGCCUUCCUCUAGUGGGCACAGCUUGUUAUACAGCUGCUGUCCCUUCCCACAAAUGAAAGACCAAAAGGGCAAAACCCCUAACCCCAGGGGCUCCCUGGCCCAGGGAGAGCCCUCCCCUAUCACCAACUGCUGGAGAGCUCCAGAUCUCUUCCACUCUGUAGGCUGCCUCUGGCCACCCCCACCUGCCCCUAGUCCUACCGUGGCCUCCAGGCUACAGCCCCUGAGGCUGAAAAGACAAGGCUCCCUCCAAGUUGCCCGUUGUACCUGUAGAGGAAGGGGAAGCAAGGGUGGCUGCAUCCUCUAGUUGUAGACUGCCAGCCUAGGACUGGAGAGAACAGACCAGUCAGAGGCAGAGUGGGCCUGCAGCCAGAGACCAGCCAGGAGCUCACACCCAUGUGAGAGCCCAUCGCUCCUAAACCCUGAGUGCACUCCACUCCAAGGGACAGCAUAGGGCACUUAGGUGCAGUAACCUGGCUAUGGGUAGAAGGGAAUGUGGCCCUACCAGAGAUUGAGGAACAGCCUAAGCCAGUGCACAGGGAGCCCCUCCAACUUUUGAAAUUGCAGCCACAGACAAUGCUAUUAAAUCUUCCCAUGUGCUUGGAUGGCCCUUGACCCUGUGUGGGCCGUCUGCUUUCCCCAUUUUUCAGACAGGGAAACUGAGCUUCAGACAGGAGGGGAGCCCUGCCCCAGGCCACACAGCAUGAGAUUGAGAGGUGGCAGGGCCAGAUGGGCGAGCAGCCUAGCUCCCUUGCCCUCCAGCAGCAUGUAGAACCUCUUAACCUGCCCGCAGCCCUCUCCUCAUUCUCUGAGCCAACUGUUGGGGUGAGAAGAGUUUUCUCUAGCCUCGGUCAGGCCAGCCAGAGUGCCUGCCUGCCGUUAGCCACCUGGGCUCACAUCCUGCUAGAUGCUUAAAACAAUCUUGCAAAGUU